AAUCUGCAGUACUCAUGAAUGAAAUUGACAGAGUUUUACUAGAAGGCGUUGUAGGUUUCGGGAGAGGAUGUUCUUUAUUGCGAGAUCGAUGCCUUGAUGGGAGGAAUUCCGACAAUUUUCACUCGCGAGAAAGAGAGACAUAUCGUGUUGUGGUACUCGAUGGUGUGACAGCUCCUUGUUCAUCGAGUAGUCCCGGCAAAUUCAAACUUAGAUUAUCCAUGCGAAAUAUUCUCAUUGAUAACUGAUUUAAAGGAUUGUUGUGGUCUUUUAAACGACGGUAGAAGGAUUAGGGUGGCCAUUUGGGGAGAGAAACAGUGAGGAAUUUUCAAAAAAAGAUUUAAGUCUCCAAUACACAGUGGAAAUUGUGCUGGAUUAAAGAUAUUUGAGAGAGGAGGAAACCUGUUACAAUCUGAAGACUAUUUACGAACAGAAGAUGGUUCAGUUCCGCUAUUGUGACGAGUGAUUACACAACGCAUGUUACAGCACUGCGUUUGGGGACCUUGACGCCGGAAUAAGCCGAAGUGUGAGGUUGGCCGAUAUGCACUUUUCUACCAAACUGUUUGUAUCUCUUGUCCUACCGGCUGCCAUCACUAUCAUCGUAAGUUUUUUAUGGCUGAAAAAGAAGAACAAGGAGGCGGAAGAACUUGAGCAGCUUGAAGAAAAACCAGAUGUAAACAGUGAGGGAAAGGAGAAAAUCAUCCCAGGCAAACACAAAGAUGCCUCGAGCGAGAACAGCGAAGUUAGUGAGUUCAAUGUAGACACGGAAGCUUCAGACUUGCACCAUUUCCGGCUGGAAAAACAGCCAAGCACAACAGAAAGCACACAACAAGAUUACGGGGUAGAAACGAAGCCGUCGACGAGUUCGGAACUCAAAGAAUCUUCGGGCGGAGAAGAAUCAGCUAGCGAGGGAAGUGUCGAUAGUGGCACUCUUUUGAGUUUCACUGAAGGUUUCAAUAAUGGCACUCCACCUCUCGGCGAAGAGAAUGCAAGAUCCCGAAAAAGCUCAGACAACAGCAACAAAGACGUGUGGGAGAUUGAAUUCCCCCAGAUUUUGUGCGGAAGAUUGAUAGGACGGAAAGGCAAAAACGUUCGAGUGAUCUCCGAGAAAUCUGGAGCGAAAAUUCGAUUGAUUCCUCAGUCGCCAGGCGAAGUUUCAACGCAUCGAAUCAUCUCAGUUACAGGAAACGCCACACAGAUUCAAAGUGCGCUAGAUUCUAUUCACGAAAAGUUUCCCUGUGUACCCCUGACAAGGCUCAACUCUGCUGUAAACGGUACAGCAAACGCUGUACACGUUCAGCCCAUGGUGACCGCUGCCAUGCCCGUACAGGCCUUACCUUUCGUUCAAGCUAUGCUUCCGAGCGUUGCUAACUUCGAUGUGGUGGUGACGAGCGUAGCGGAUGCUGGUCACUUUUUCGUGCAGUUGCAUAACGACUUCAUGCAAAGGCAGCUUCAAGACCUUCACCAGAACAUGUUGCAAUGCUACGGACAAGGGACAGCGCCAUUGAUUCUUCCUCUUCCACAACCAAUUGUGGUGGGCUCGUGCUGUGCGGCGCCGGCAUACACCUAUAAUGGCUGGUACAGGGCACAAGUUCUUGGGCCAACUGGUAAUCCUGACGAAGUAGAGGUUAAAUAUUUGGAUUAUGGAGGAUAUGGAAGGAUUGCUGCGUCGAGUCUCCGACAAUUAAGGGCUGAUUUUCUGACGCUGCCUUUUCAAGCUAUCGAAUGCUACCUUGCUAACGUGAUCCCACUUCAAGGAGACACGUUUUCAAGCGUGGCCGGUGCGGUUUUGGAGGAUUUAACAAUGAAUGCUGUGUUAACUGCCCGCGUUGUUGGUCACAGAAGCGGUUUGCCAUGCUUGGAACUGUACCUUGUGCAAGGACAGCAGACAAUCCUGAUAAACCGAGAGCUGGUAAGCCGGGGCUUAGCUCGGUGGGCGGAAACUUGAGGAACAGGGCACAAUGAGCUACGCGACAUUACCUUAUCCAUCGGUUGGAGCUGUUAACUGCUUGUUGGGCAUAAUCAGUAAUUGUCUCCGAUGAAUACCGUGGGGAACCAGCAGUUUUAUUUGGUUGGAAUAUUUGGAAUUUUGAUAUGGUAUGAAUGGGAGAAUAUGAAAUAAAUGAAUGGAAAAUUGGGAACGGAGUUAAGAAGCUCAUGGAAAAAAUUGAGUUACGAAAGAAACUACUUCGAUAUCGCCUGAAAAUAUCUUCGGUAGAUGGCGUAAAUUUAUUGUACAGUGUAGAGGUGUAUAAUAUUGUUAAUAUGCCUUAUUUACCUUCAAAAUGAAGGAGUUUUUACUACUUGACAAAGUCGUUGCUUUAUGAGUUCUUUCGUACCGAAAGGCUACCUGUACAAACGGUAGGUUAUUUUUGGAGAUUUCCAGAGAUGGCCACACGCCUAAAAUAUGUAUUUUGCCUCACAAUGUCAUUCGUUCUCUCGAUUUUCCAUUUUAAAAUUGAAUUAUCUACGAUUUAUUUUAUGAAAUUCACUUAUUAUUAACGCCUUGAUAAAAAUAUCUACACGCACGAUAUAAUCAGUAGAGUAUUUUAUUAGAGAAAAAUGGCAGUGAUAUUUUAGCCAAAGUAAAUUAUAUUUACGGUAUUAAUAGAAUUACACGUAAGCUAUAGUUAUAUUAAUAUAUUAAAAUAAAUGGGUAAUGUUUUAUUUAGGCCAGUCCAAGUACUGCUUCUAUUAACAGAUGGGAAGUCUGCUCGACUUAAAAAUUUUAAUUACAAACGACCAAACUGCGAACAGUCAAGGUUGUGGUUCAUUGAAAAUGUUAAGAUUUCUGUAAUUACCACAUGAAAAUCUUUAAAGCUUUAUCAAAAUUUAGGAACAUUUUUUUAAUUGUUUGCUUUUCCAUUUAUUAGGACUAGAGAUCUAAUAUUUGUGAUAUCUUUGAACGUCAUAGCUUCGCGGCCAAUUUCCGCCAAUCAUAAUUCAGUCAUGUUGCAUUUUUAACAGCCCUUGUAAGUUUUAUUGCUGGUUUCCAAUCCAACAGUGAUCUCAAAAGCUGCACUGAAAAGGCUCCUAAUUCGAGUAAUGAAUGACCUUGAAAACCAGGUCAUCCAAAGCAGAACUGUCAGAAAUAGAGACUUUCCCUUACACGACCUUUUUAAUAAAGAAUAUCGAACGUUAUUAUCGAAUAAGAAUUUUUUUGGAAACUUUUUGCUGUGAAGGUGAAUAUUACAGUAGCACAGUCAGAAGGAAUCAAGUCAGUCCACCUGUAACGUGGAACCUUGAAAUCAAUUUAAAAGCUACUCGCAUAUCUACUGAGUUUUCAGUAACCGUGGAGUCAUCAUUUUUUUUGUUAAACAAAAGUCUGAGAAAUUUUUUUUAGUUCAAAUGAACACGUUUUUUUAAUCACCGAGGAUUUAAAAAGCAAUUUAAGAGCCAUUUUUUGAAAAUCAAAAUGGAAUAAAAUUUAACAAAGCUCAGACGCCGCACCCUUUAGGUGGGUGUACACUCUGGUAAACACAAUUAAACUAAGUCACUUUUUCAAUCACCAAGGAUUUAAAAGCAAUUCAAGAGCCAAUUUUUUUUAAAAUCAAAAUGGAAUAACAUUUUACAAAGCUUAAAAGCCGCACCCUUUAGGUGGGUGUACACUCUGGUAAACACAAUUAAAUUAAAUCAACUUCAUUACCAAAUUAUCGUGUAAGAUAAAAAAUGUUCGAAAAACUUCAAGUAAGUGAAAAACAAUGCUUUUAAAUUUGUCACAUAAGCGUGAUACUCUUUUCAUUGAAGGAGAGCUGGUGUAGUCACUAGCAUUAAAGGCUCACCACUUUAGGAGGAUUUAAGAAAUCAAGCUUUGAGGAAAUAUCAUGUAAAAUGAGCUUUCAACAGACUGAGUUGUAUGCGAUAAAUAAUUCUCUUUCUUUUUUCUAUUUCUAGAUGUUUUUCCAAAGGUUGCCUGAUUAUUAAGAGUUUACCUUGCAAAAUUGUUAAUCUUUAGAAUAACUUGCGUUUGCCACGGUUAUAGCUGUCACUCAAAGUUGCCCUCCGAUAAGUAAAGAUUUUGGAAAGAUUACUACCUAGCAGCGACUGAAGACAUGCACAGAAACGGGAUUCUAAAAAGAAUUUGUCUCGCUCUUUUUAUUUUUCAAUACGAUUU